GUGGGAUAAAAAAUAACUCUCCCCGGCACAUUUCGUCCGCUUCGCCAAUAGUUUACACUCCCGGCGUGUCGCGCCACUGAAGGGACCGAGCCGCUCAUCAAACCGACCCCCAACUUGUCGAAGUGUAACCACUGAAAUGAAAACGGCACUCCCUCCGCUACACGUUAACGUUACUAAAAAGUAAUCAGACCAGGGUUUGCUAGAAUCCCAAAACUGGGAUUAGAGAUUCAAAGAUUCUGUUUUCAAGCAAACCUCAAUGGAUGAAUUUACCAGGUGUCUGUGCUCAAUCGACAAUCACCCAUGUGCCAGAGGAAAGCACUAGACCAUUGAAUCCAAGGCUGGCAGUGGUUCCGCAGCCAGGCCGCCACAGAAGGCCCAUGACGGCUCCAAAGACUCAGAAAGACAAGGCGUCGAAGAGGAAGAGAGUGUUUCUGACUGUUUUGGCAGUUGUGGUGUUACUGGGCAUACUGGUCACCGCAGCAUACUUCAUUAAGCAGCUAAUUGAGAGCAAAUACUUCUUCUGUGCGCGUUCAGUGAAGUUCAUCCCAAUAGACAAAGCCUGUGACGGGAAAGAUGACUGUGCUGGAGGAGAGGAUGAAAUUACUUGUAUGUCAAGCUUUACGGUCAACACUACCUUUCCAGUGCGUCUCAUGUCAGGUAGGCACGUCCUGCAAGUGUACAAUCUUGGCUCAGGUUGGAGGAGUGUGUGUAGUGACGACUGGACCGAGCAGCACACACAGACAGCAUGUAAUCAACUGGGAUACACAUAUAAACCUCGUAGCACCAGGGUCCCAGUGGACACUUUAAUAUCUUCCCUGAAAACUGGACCAUUCACAGCCAUCAGACCUGGGACUACGACUAAACCCAUACAUCAGGCUACCAUUGACCGCAGUGUAUGCAGAUCCGGAUCUGUGAUAUCCUUGUCCUGUUCAAACUGUGGACAGGUGGGCUCCCAGGACCGUAUUGUGGGGGGUACAGAUGCUGUAAUCGAGGACUGGCCCUGGCAGGUCAGCCUGCAGCAGGGAGGCCAACAUACAUGUGGAGGCUCACUGGUGUCUCCGCGCUGGGUAGUCUCUGCUGCCCACUGCUUUUCAGGCAGUAAAAAGGAGCUGAGUCGCUGGAGAGUGGUGUCAGGAAGGACAUACAUGGGCACACUUGGAGGUUCCUAUGUGGACAGAAUCAUCGCGAAUGGAGACUACAAUCCAUCACGAAACGACUAUGACAUAGCACUGAUAAGACUUAGCAGCCCCAUCAAAGUGGGAGUUGCCCGCAAGCCGGUUUGUCUACCUCCCAAAGCCUUUGGCCUUGUUGCUGGAGCCUCCAUGGCUGUGACUGGCUGGGGAUACCUGGAGGAAAAUGGUGAGGUUUCUCCGUCACUUCAGAAGGCCAACAUCCCUCUGAUAGACCAGGCUGUGUGUUCCAGUCCCACAAUGUAUGGUAGUUCCAUAACCCAAAGGAUGAUCUGUGCUGGUUUCCUGAAGGGGGAAGUGGAUGCUUGCCAGGGAGACAGUGGGGGUCCUCUGGUGCACUUCACUUCUUCUAGGUGGCAUCUGGUAGGAGUGGUGAGCUGGGGCAUUGGCUGUGCCCGGGAGAGAAGGCCAGGUGUCUACUGCAACGUGGAAGAGAUGCUCAACUGGAUAUAUACAGUCAUUGAGAAAAACCCCUGAGGUCCUCCACCGCGACUACCUCAGACAGACUGUGAAACUAAAAGAAAGAUUUUGUUUAGUUUUGGUUAACUAACAAUGGGAGACAGAUGGAGAGACAGGGGAAGAUGAAGAUGCAUCUCAACACCAACAUAGAUGAACUGUUAAACACAGCCAUGAGCAUAAACACUGCACUUACAGACACACACACACACACAUUUCAUACAGACUUAUUACAUGUGUUGUUUGUGCUAUUUCAAGUUCAUAUCUCAGGGGACAAGUAUAUUCAUGUAACAGUCCGUCGCUGGCCAGUCUGGGGUCUUCAUAGCAGAAUGCUCAUACAAACAUGUUUUUGUGACUUGAGGACAUAGCAUUAACUGUUGCAUGACCAAUAGUUAAUGCAACUGCA